AUGGCUGCUCCUGUUGCCCCCGGCGCUGUCGACCAGCUUGCCGCUGAUCUCGGCAACACCAGCCUCAACGGCGGCGACAACCGCAAUGCCCCCGCGAUCAACACCAACGUCGCUGGUGGUGAAUACCAUAGCGAGGACCCCGAUACCGCGGGCCCUACGCCCAACUCGGCCGCCCCCCACCCCCAGUCGUCGGCAUCCCUCUACGUGGGUGAGCUGGACCCGUCUGUGACUGAGGCUAUGCUCUUUGAGCUCUUUUCCCAGAUUGGCUCUGUCGCGUCGAUCCGUGUCUGCCGCGAUGCUGUCACCCGUCGCUCUCUCGGUUAUGCCUAUGUCAACUACAACUCGACUGCUGAUGGCGAGAAAGCGCUUGAGGAGCUUAACUACACCCUAAUCAAGAAUCGCCCUUGCCGCAUCAUGUGGUCUCAGCGCGAUCCCGCUCUCCGCAAGACCGGCCAGGGUAACGUCUUCAUCAAGAACCUCGAUGUUGCCAUUGACAACAAGGCCCUCCACGACACGUUUGCUGCUUUCGGUAACAUCUUGAGCUGCAAGGUCGCUCAGGACGAAAACGGCAACUCCAAGGGCUACGGCUUUGUGCACUACGAGACCGACGAGGCCGCCGCCCAGGCCAUCAAGCACGUCAACGGCAUGCUUCUGAACGAAAAGAAGGUCUAUGUUGGAUAUCAUAUCCCCAAGAAGGAUCGCCAGAGCAAGUUUGAGGAGAUGAAGGCCAAUUUCACCAACGUCUACGUCAAGAAUAUCAAUCUUGAGGUUACCGAUGAUGAAUUUCGCGAGCUGUUCGAGAAGUACGGUGAGGUCACCUCUUCAUCCCUCGCCCGCGAUGCCGAGGGCAAGAGCCGCGGUUUUGGCUUCGUCAACUUCACUACCCACGCCAGCGCCGCGAAGGCUGUUGAGGAACUCAACGGCAAGGACUUCCGUGGCCAAGAUCUCUACGUCGGCCGCGCCCAGAAGAAGCACGAGCGCGAAGAGGAGCUCCGGAAGUCUUACGAGGCUGCUCGCCUUGAGAAAGCUAACAAAUACCAAGGCGUCAACUUGUACAUCAAGAAUCUGGACGAUGAGGUUGACGACGACAAGCUGCGUCAAAUGUUCGCCGAGUUUGGCCCCAUUACCUCCGCCAAGGUGAUGCGUGAUGCCGUUCCCGAGCCCUCCAGCGACGGCGAUAAGGAGGGUAAGGACAAGGAGAAUAAGAAGGAGGGCAAUGAGAAGGAGGAUGAGGGUGAGACUGGCGAAAAGAAGUCGGAGGGAAAGUCCGGGCGGAGACUGGGCAAGAGCAAGGGCUUUGGCUUCGUGUGCUUCAGCAACCCGGAUGACGCCACCAAGGCCGUUGCCGAGAUGAACCAGCGCAUGAUCAACGGCAAGCCGCUUUAUGUUGCCCUUGCCCAGCGCAAGGAUGUCCGCAAGAGCCAGCUCGAGGCCAGUAUCCAAGCCCGUAACCAGCUGCGCAUGCAGCAGGCUGCCGCUCAGGCCGGCCUGCCCCAGCAGUACAUGCAGACGCCGGUCUACUACGCUGCCGGCCAGCAGCCCGGUUUCUUGCCGCCUGCAGGUGGCCGCGGUAUGCCCUUCCCUCAGGGUGGCCUUGGCAUGCCCCCUGUACAAGGCGGCCGUCCUGGUCAGUUCCCUCCUUAUGCUCAGCAGGGAGGCCGUGGCGGCAUCCCCCCUCAGCAGAUUCCCGCCAUGUAUCCUCUUGGCCAAUUCCCGCCUGGCGCUUACCCUCAGCCGAACAACCCGCAAUUCCUCGCCGCCAUUCAGCAGGUUCAGCAACAAGCUGCAGCUCUCCAGGGUGGCCGUGGUGGACCUGGCGGACGGGGUAUCCCGGCUAUGCCCGUUCCUCAGGGUAUGGGUGGCCCUGGCCUGCCUGGUUAUCCUCCAAAUGGUAGACCUCAGAAUGGCAACAUGCCCGGCCGUGGCGGCCCCAACCGUGCUAGCAACUUCGUGGUUGCUGGUCGCGGCGCGCCGCCUGCCGGCCAACUCGGUGUGCCCGGCGAGCUGAAUGCUACUGCACUCCUCCAGUCCCAGCUCGCAAGCACCCAAAAUCCGCAGCAGCAAAAGCAGAUUCUUGGCGAAAACUUGUUCCCCAAGAUUCAGGCCCUCCAGCCUGAGUUGGCUGGCAAGAUCACUGGUAUGCUCUUGGAAAUGGACAACCAGGAGCUCGUCAAUCUGUUCGAGGACGAGGCAGCUCUCGUUGCGAAGGUCAAUGAGGCCAUGACCGUCUAUGACGAGUACAUCAAGUCGCAGCAGCAGCAGGGCCAGGGCCAGGCCGAGGCUGGGGCCGGCGAGGCUAAGAAGGAAGAGAAGCCUGAGGAGAAGGCUUAA